UGUGUAUAGUACUAUCGAAGCGAAUAAAACUGUUGUACGGUGUUAUUUUAAUAUCAGUUCAAGGGUAGAACUCAGAAGGAAAACACCUUGUAUAAUGUCUAAAAGAACCCAGCCUAGUUGGUCGCCGCCGGCUAGCAGUGUGAACCGGCCUGUUCUAAAACUGUAUAAUAGCUUAACACGCCAGAAGGAAGAGUUCAUUUGCAAUAAUGGAAAUCAUAUUAAGUGGUACAGUUGUGGGCCAACAGUAUACGAUGCUGCGCACAUGGGCCACGCCAGAUCCUACAUAUCAUUAGAUAUUCUGAGGCGUAUAUUGUCAGAUUACUUUUGUUAUGACAUACUAUAUGUCAUGAAUAUAACAGAUAUUGAUGAUAAAAUCAUUAAAAGGGCACGACAGAACUAUCUGUAUGAGAAAUAUAUGAAAAAUAAUCGAGAUAUAAAUAGUACAUUGGAUGAUGCAACAGCUGCCUUGAAUUACUAUGAUGGAUUGGUCCGGCAAACUACCGAUCCUGAAAAAAGGAAUACCAUGCAGAAAAUAUUUGAGAAUGUUGCAGCUGCAGUUAAGAACCUGAAAUCGGCAGUAGAAAUGAAUGAUACAGAGAAAAUUAAUACAGCAAAGUCUAAACUGAUCGAGUCUGCAGCAGAUCCUCUGUCAGCUUGGCUGGAUAAUAGGUACGGUUCGACAGUCACCGACAAUGCAAUAUUUGAAUCUUUACCACGGCACUGGGAGAACGAAUUCCACAAAGACAUGAAAGCUCUCAAUGUACAACCGCCAGAUGUAUUAACGAGAGUGAGUGAAUAUGUCCCACAAAUAAUACGGUUCAUCGAGAGAAUACUAGACAACAACUUAGCAUAUGAAUCGAAUGGCUCAGUUUACUUCAAUGUGAGCGGAUUCGACGAAAGGGAUAAACAUCGAUAUGCUAGAUUGGUACCAGAGGCGUACGGUGACACGAAGUCGUUGCAGGAAGGGGAAGGUGACCUCAGCGACGAUACUACAGAGAAGCGAUCGCCGAACGACUUCGCACUGUGGAAACGAAGCAAAGCCGGCGAACCUUCGUGGCCGUCGCCGUGGGGCUCUGGACGACCGGGCUGGCAUAUCGAGUGCUCGGCCAUGGCGUCUGAUGUGUGUGGUGCUCAGUUAGAUAUACACACUGGAGGAGUGGAUCUCAAGUUUCCACAUCAUGACAAUGAGUUGGCUCAGAGUGAGGCUCAUUUCGACCAGCCCGGUUGGGUGAAGUACUUCUUGCACACAGGCCAUCUAACUAUCGCCGGCUGCAAGAUGUCUAAAUCGCUGAAGAACUUUGUGACUAUCCAGGAAGCGCUGAAAAGGCACACCGCUCGGCAAUUGCGCUUCGCGUUCUUGCUGCACGGCUGGAAAGAUACACUCGAUUAUUCGAAUAAUACUAUGGAAAUGGCUAUACAGACAGAGAAACAGUUUAAUGAGUUCUUCCUGACUGUGAAAGAUGCAUUGCGCAGUGGAUACGCAGAAGGCCAUGGCGGCUGCUGGGGACCAGAGGAACAGCAGCUGUCUGCUAAACUUACUAAGGCCAAAGAGCAAGUUCACGCGGCCCUCUGUGAUAAUAUAGACACGCGCAGCGCUAUAGACGCAUUACGAGAAUUGAUGGGAGCGUCACAUAUGUACUUAUCAUCGCGGGCACAGUGCGAGCCAGUACCAUCACCUCUGCUAGCCUCCGCCGGGCGUUACGUCACCCACAUGUUACGCAUAUUUGGCGUUAUCACCGGACGCUGUGAUGACAUCGGGUUCCCAAUUGCCGAUGUUGAUGUUUCUGUGGAGGAGAGAGUGAUGCCGUACUUGGAAGCGCUGAGCGUGUUCAGGCGGCAGAUCCGUGAGGAGGCUCGGGUCCUGGGCGCCGACCGCGUGUUGCAGUUGUGUGACGAGCUGAGAGACUACCACUUACCUGCACUGGGGGUCCGUCUUGAGGAUAAAACUGAUCGCACCGUGGUGAAACUGGUUAGUAGAGAAGAAUUAAUGAAAGAAAGAGAAGAAAAAAGAAUAGUGGAAGCUGGAAAACAAAAAAAGAAACAAGAAAUGUUGGAAGCUCAGCAGGCCAAGGGUGAGCAGAGGAAAAUCCCACCCAGUGACAUGUUCAAACUUGAAACGGACAAGUAUUCUAAAUUUGAUGAACAGGGUUUGCCAACACACGAUCAAGAAGGGAAUGAAUUGAGUAAGAGUUUGGUGAAGAAACUGCAGAAGAUACAGUUGGCGCAAGAGAAAAAGUAUAAAGAAUAUUUGACAUCGAUUAAUGCUCCCUGAUAUUUACUUUAAAUAUCGUUUUCUCCAAUUCAUAACGAUAGAACGGUCUUUUACUAUUUAUGUCUAUAUAUAUAUUCAUUGUAUAGUUAAAAAUAAAUGUUUACUACAUAAAAAA